UGGUGUCCAUUGAGUAAACGGCAGGUUUUACAAAGGCCAGUGGCAGCCAGAGGGUUAGGUUGGUAGUGCUGCAUCUGUCCAUGUGUUGGUUGAACCACUGCAACAUCCAAAACAACAGCGUGUGAAUUCUUCUGUUCUUACUCGAAGUCUACUUGCUGGAUACGCUAUAAUUCAGAGUCCUGCAGCUAGAAGCAAGGAGAGCAGACAAUUUGGAGAGUGAAAUUUGUGGACUGCGUAGACAGACUACUCAGGAAGAGAGAGAGAGAGAGAGUGUUGCUGGUGAGAGGCACUGCACUGGGAACUGUGUAUGGGAGCGUUGUCACUGGAAACAGGUGGGACAGACUCACGGCUUUGUGUGCCCGCCAAUCAGAGCCCAGUAUGCCUGACUCUCCCGACUCGAACAGCAAGUCACAGACGAGCACGUCCCCCGGAGCGAUGCCCCUGUCGAACGCCCAAGCGCAGGGGAUGCGGGCAGUCCCGGGAACCUCCGCCACUGCUCCCCCAGUGAACGGGAUGCACUCCCCGAGCAGUGUGAACGGAGCGCCGUCCCCGCCGAACGGCGUGAGCACCUCCUCGUCCCAGCAGCAGCUCCCGCCGGCCUGCGGCGCGCGGCAGCUCAGCAAGCUCAAGCGCUUCCUCACCACGCUGCAGCAGUUCGGCUCCGACAUCUCGCCAGAGAUCGGGGAGCGCGUCCGCGGACUUGUCAUGGGACUAGUGAAUUCACAGUUGUCUAUUGAGGAGUUCCACCAAAAGUUGCAGGAGGCCACUAACUUUCCACUCAGACCUUUCGUCAUCCCUUUUCUAAAGGCAAACUUGCCACUCCUGCAGCGCGAGCUUCUCCACUGUGCCCGUAUGGCCAAGCAGACGCCAGCGCAGUACCUCAGUCAGAACGAGCACAUCCUCCUCAACACAGACACUUCCCCCGUCGACUCCUCAGACAUCAUCAUGGACGUCAACGAAAACGGCAAGAGAAGAACCCCAGACAGCCAUUCCUACAGACCGAAAGAGAACGGUGUGGAACCCAUGGACGACCCUCGCCACCCUGCCAAACGACACUGCACGGUCAGCCCCGGCCAGCACCGGGUGUCCCCCGGGACCAGCGCCCCCCACCCCGGCCUGCACGGUCACCACCCCCUCCCCCCACCUCACCACCAGGGGGAGGGGUACAUGAGGGACAUGCCCCACCACCCCAGGGAGUCUCGCGACCACCGCGGCGAUCCACGGGAUCCGCGGGACAUCAGAUCCGGAUCUGGAUCAGGCCAACAAACCAACAGAGACCACGACAGGGAGCAUUUCGAGGGGCGUUACCCCGUGCACCCGCGCCUGCCCUACGACCCCAGAGAGUACGAGCGGGGCAGCCACCGGAUGUACGACUCACAUCAUCCCAACGGCUCAUGGGAGGACGAAUGGAAACAUGUUGAACAGAUGCUCCACUGCGUUGCGGGGAUGGUGGACAAGACGUUGCGAGCCAUCGCGUCGUUGCGCCACCGGUCGGUACAGGAGCGGGAGGAGAUGCUGAUGUGGUCGCGGCGGUGCGCCGAGGGGGCGGACCACGAGAUGAAGAAGCGCGCCGGGGAGAUGAUGGCUCACACCAUCCGGCAGACCGAGGACAGGGUCAGCGAGGUCAAAAGAAGAGCAGAAAUGUACCAAGCUCAAAUGGCCAGGACCUUUCCCUUCUACAAUAGACCUCGACCAGAGGAAGCGGUGAACGAGGUGAAGCGUCAGGCAGUGAUCGAGCUUCAGAAAGCUGUGGCGGCGGCAGAACAGAAGGCAAGUGAGCUUGUGGCGGCCGAGCGGGCCAAGAUGGAGCGUGCGGUGGCCGACGCGCGCCGGCAGGCGCAGGACGAGGCUAACCAACAACAGGAAAGCUCCAGUGAGAACUGCUGGAACUGCGGCCGUAAGGCGAGCGAGACGUGCAGCGGGUGCAAUGUCGCCCGUUACUGCGGCUCCUUCUGCCAGCACAAGGACUGGGAGAACCACCACCGCAUCUGUGGGACACAGGCACUGCAGCAGCAAGCUGCGGCUAGCACCGACGCAGCCGCCGCGACCACCUCCGCCACCACGCCGCCGACCGUCGCCAGCCCCGUCGAGUCCGUCAAGUCUGUUACCACGACGACAUCGCGAUCGGGUUCUCCCGUGGAGAAGACCGAAGCCCGCUAGUUCACCGCAAAAAAACUUCUCUGUUACGAAAUAAAAGACUAAGCUUUCUUUCCAAAACUGGAAUGAAUUAGGGACUCGCCCCAAAUUUUUGGCCUACUCUUUCAACCUUGUUCACGGAAUGGACCCGUCUACCCUUGGUAGUAGUGGGUCAUACGUACCAGAUAACCUGUGUCGCCCCCCGUCUCGCCCAGAGUAAACGGGUCCAUUCC